AGUUUCCCUCGUGUUAACUUGCAGGCGCCUUUUCCAGGUCUUUUUGGACCGCACUUCUCGAUACCCAAACGUUUGUCGGGCGCUGGGGUGUUAAAGAGCCUGCUCCGCGCUUCCUCGGAAUGCAUCCUAUGUGAAUUGAGUCUAUGCUGAUCUAUUUCUCUGGAUGUUGUGGGAGCAGCACUCCAUUGAUUCUGCCCCUACUCCUGAGUGAUCACGAAGGAUAAACAAGUCGCCGUGCGACAUGUCCGCCCCUAGCCCGCCGCUCUCGUCCCAAUCAUACCACCCAUCCGCCACCAUUGCAACGUCAAGCGGCCCGGCUGGCGCAGCAGCCUCGUCGGCUUCCACCUUGGAGAACCUACAGAGUCCAAACGAUGCGGCCACGAAGCUCGCCGAGGCGAUCGACGACUUCCUCGGUGACCUGGAGAAGAAGUUCAAGGGAAUAAGCGAUGAGAUACUCACCAAGUUGGAUGACAUGGCAGAACGGUGUGAUCGGUUGGAGCAGGAGAUGCUGUUGAGGGAUGCAAGCGCGAUGGAGAACGUGGGCGGUGGGAAGGCAGGGAGCACCGCCGGGUCGAGCUGAUAUGGCCGGAACCGCUUUGUUCUCCACGACGCAGGAUGAUCUCGACCGCCAGAAUGCAACACCCUCGAUGUCUUUGCACAGGCGACAAGAGUACCGCCUCUGGACCUGCGCCCUCAGACCCAGUGCGAGGGUGGAUAAGGAAGGAACAAGACAAGAUGCAUCUAUACGUGUUCGAAUCAGCGGAGUAUUGGCCCAGCUACUGAAGACCAUAGAAUCCGCUUCGAGAACGGGAUGGAGCCAGCUGUGACAGGGACGACAUCAACCAGUGAUAUGAGAAACUAGGCGUGUAUCGAAACUGGAAACCCGCAAAAACCUUUUUGAACUCCUCUAAUGACAGUCAAUUUACAGAUCCAUU